CCGAGCAGAAGUGUCCGCGCGCAGAACAUGGGAAAAGGGAAACACCGAGAGUUGCGCGUGGCUGGCCGUUAAGCGUCACCGCGAGCCACGCAGGCAUCCCGCCACCGAAUGUUUGAUUCGCUUCAGAGGUCUCCGUGUAUGAUAUCUGGAGAGAAGCCACAUGGACUGGACAGAAAGCUGAGCUACGUGGCCAGUGUGGGGAGUCCUCCAUUACAGCCUGUCGCUCACUAACACAGAUGUACACACACUGGAGUUGAUCGCCUCGGACGAGAAACCAACAGUGUUAAAUUCUCCUGUGCGUGCGUGUGUGUGAAGCCCUCCGUCCUGUCCGCUGGCCUGAAGACCCCCACAGACAAGCCGGCUGCCAUGGAGACAGACGACUUUCCUCCGCCUCCUCCUCCUGACGUGCUGGAUGAUGAUGAUGAAGAGGAAGGUAGGUGCUUCGAGUUUGACGACAGCGCCGAUGAAGCGCCCGAGGCUGACCGUCCUCUGCCGGACCCUCCCGCGCUUGACCUCGGUCCUCCGAGCCACCAGGCAGCAGCGGCAACAGGCCCCUCCCCCUCGUCCCCUCCGGAGGGCGGCGUCGAGCCACGCCGGCCGAACUCGGAGGACGCGGAGGUGGAUCUGCCUCGGCCGCUGCCGAACUGCCGCGCCCCAGGUACCCCCUCGUCCACGAGUGGUGCCCCGUGCGAGGAUUUUCCUCCGCCCCCUCAGGAGGAGCCAACUCCUGAUUGGUCGGUGGCGGCUUUAAGCUUGGCCCCUGACCCGCCUCCACCUCCAGAGGAACUUGCCACUCUACCUGCUCCAACAGGAUCCAGCGACUUGCGUGCGGCAUCUGGCAGGGACCCCCAGCCCAAAGCCAGCCCGUACUCAGUGAUUGACAUCGCUCCCGUCCAACAGCAGCAGGUGUGCCAACAGAGCCCGCCUCUUUCCCCUUACCCAUCCAAUGGGAAUGAAGGGGAGUUCCAGGAAGUGCCCAGCAGCCCCGGCGUGCCGUCCGGCUACUCUGUGCCUGUGCCCUGUGGCUAUGCCACGCCUUCCAGCGUGCCCGUCAUCGUGCCCGCUUACACCACACCCAUCAUCAUCCGUCACCUCUCUGUGGAUGACGUGACUGUGGUUGGGGCGGGCGGUUCUUUGACAGACAGUGUGUUCAGUGAAGAGCACCCAGCCAUAAAGGAGGAAGAUGCACUGGCUAAGUGGGUUUCGGACCCUGCCAACAUGGCCUGGAUGGAGAGUCCAGAUGAAGUUAUUUAUGACGAUGUGCCUAGAGAGAACACUGGAUCCACUACAGAUCUAGAAGAGAUGAUCUAUGAUGACGUUGAGCAUGGUGAGGAGGGCAGCAGCUCUCUGGACAACGGCUGGAGCUCCAGUGAGUUCGAGAGCUACGACGAGACCAGCGACCACGAGAACGGCCACGCCCACAACGGCAUCCCCAGCGCCUUCGUACGAAGGCCGAGCAGGAAGACGCACCUGUCCCAGGACCUGACGCGUCUGAAGGAGCACUAUGAGAGGAGGGUGAGGGAUAUAAUGGCUAAUACAGUGGGGACAGUUGAACUACAGCAGCUCAGACACAAACAUGAAAAAAAGGUGCAAAGGCUCGUGAAGGCAGCCAAAGACGGAACCAAGGACAGCCUGGAGAGAACCAGGGCCGCUAUGAAGAAGGGAAAGUCCUUCAUCCGGACCAAGUCCUUCUGCCAGGAGAGGAAGAUGUCCUGUUUUGAGGAAGAGGAGCCUGAGGUCUUCAUCGAGGUGGACUGUUUUAAUGUGGAGCCUGUGCUAAGCCCCGCCCCUGAGGGCCUCUCUGAACAACAGGUUGUCAGGAGAUGCAUUCUGGAAUCAAUACUGGAGAGUGAGAAGAGUUACUUACAGGCACUGAAGCGAAUACUAGAGCAGUAUGAGAAGCCCCUACUGGAGAUCGAGCCACAGCUCCUGAGCAGGAGGAAGUGUAAGGUGGUGUUUCACCGCGUGCGGGACAUUCUGCAGUGUCACGCCCUCUUCCAGAUCGCCCUGGCCAGCCGCGUGGCCGACUGGGACCUGCUACAGACCAUCGGAGAUGUGUUUGUCGCGUCGUUCUCCAAGUCCAUGGUGCUGGACGCGUAUGGCGAUUACGUCAACAACUUCAGCACGGCCAUGGGGGCGGUGAGAAAGGCCUGCUCGUCCAAACCUGGCUUUCUCGAGUUCCUCAAGCAACGGCAGGAGUGCAACCCAGAGCGGCUCUCUCUCUACGGCCUGUUGAUUAAGCCCAUACAGAGAUUCCCCCAGUUCAUUGUGCUCCUGCAGGAGAUGCUGAGGCACACCCCCGUGGGCCACACGGACCGCCUGCCCCUGCAGAUGGCUCUGACCGAGCUGGAGACCCUGGCCGAGAAACUGGCCGAGAAGAAGAGGGAGGCGGACCAGCGUUGCGAGAUCAAGCACAUCGCUAAGGCGAUGAACGAGCGCUACCUCAACAAGCUCCUGAGCAGCGGCACCAGGUACCUGAUCCGCUCGGAUGAUGUGGUGGAGACGGUGUACAACGAUCGUGGAGAGAUCGUCAAGACCAAAGAACGAAGACUCUUCCUCCUCAGUGAUGUGCUCAUGUGUGCCACGCCCAACACGCGGUCUCCUUUGGAUGGUGCGGGCGGAGGAGGGGGCGGGCCGUCGGGACAGCGCUUCCUGCUGAAGUGGAGUGUUCCUCUCAGUCUGGUGGAGGUGGUGGAGUUCGGCUCCACGGAGGACAUGGGAGACUCCGCCUCUUAUCCUGCCCCUCACUCUGGAGACAAAGUCGUCAUCAAUGCCCAGCCAAAUAAGUUGUAUAUGGGCCCUGGCCAGCUGUACCAGGACCUACAGAACCUGGUCCACGACCUCGGACUCGUGAACCAGAUCUCCGCUAUGAUCGGCAGCCUCAAGGGGAACUAUCAGAAUGUGAACGGGACAGUAGCUCAGGACUGGGUCUCAGGCCUUCAGUGUCUCAUCCUCAAGAAAGAAGACGAGAUCAGGGCUGCAGACCGCUGUCGUAUCCAGCUGCAGUUACCAGGGAAACAGGACAAGUCGGGCAGACCCACCUUCUUCAGCGCGGUCUUCAACACUUUCGGCCCGUCCAUCAAGCAGGCGUGGAUCAGCCAUCUGCAGAUGGCCCGUCUGGCUCUGGAUGAGGAUAACGUGCAGGGCUGGUUCUGUGCUGAAGACGACAGUAAUCUGAUCCAGAAACAGAAACAUCCUCUGCUGUUGAAGCGUUUGCCCGUGGUCAUGUCCAGACUGCAGGAGUUUAAGGUGGAGUGUGCGGUCCAUAAUCCAGAGCCCCAUGUUAACAGUGAAAGCACAGCAGACAUGCCAGCAGUGGGUCACGGCUGUGUGUGGGUAGCCAGCUGCACCAAUCAGAUGGGCCAGAUCGCCGUGGUCGCCAUGGAGAACUCGAGCCCGAAGGUGACGGAGUGUUUCAAUGUGGAGUCGCGCAUCCUUUGCAUGGCCUACGUGCCCCCGGGCGAGCCCCUGGAGGACGGGAAGGGAGCCGAGCACUGUGGCCCACCCGGGACCGGAAGCACACCCACCGUGUGCGUGGGGUUGGAGGAGGGGAGCGUCUGCGUCUACAGGAGCAGCCAACGCUGUAAGAAGGUUCGCCUGCAGUACUUCCCCUCUCCAGACAGGGCGGCGGUCAUGUGCCUGGCCUACAGCAGCUCCUGUCUCUACGUGGGCCUGGUCAGCGGAGCCCUCGCUGUGUACUCUCGGACCACCGGAGGCGUUUGGGAUGCGUCCAGCGCGCACCUGCUCCAGCUCGGGGUGCUGCCGGUGAAGGCGCUGCUUGCCGUCGGGGACCACGUCUGGGCUUCGUCCGGGGGACAGGUCUUCGUCGUCAACGCCCGCACGCACGCUGUGGAGCACCAGGUGGAGGUGCACCAAGACGAAGGCAUGGUGGUGUCCCACUUAGCCGUGGCAGGAGUGGGUAUCUGGAUCGCCUUUAGCAGCGGCUCCACCCUGCGCCUCUUCCACACAGAGACCCUGGAACACCUGCAGGACAUCAGCAUCGCCGCGCCCAUCAACAAUGCCCUCUCAGGUCACCAGAGGGUGUCAGUCAGCAGUCUGCUGGUGUGUCACGGUCUCCUGCUCGUGGGGACAAAUCUUGGAGUAACAGUCGCUCUGUCUGUACCCAGACUACAGGGGAUACCCAAGGUGAUAGGACGAGGUAUGGUCUCCUUCCACGCUCACCACGGCCCAGUGAAGUUCCUCACCGCGGCUACACCUGUGCAUAAUCUACAGCAGGGUAGGGGAGCUCCACCCACCACCUCACCCAGCCCGCCUGCACCCGUGGAGGGGUCUGGGCUGAGCGAGACCCCGGCCAGCGACGGAGCUGUGUGGCUGGGCGACGCUGCCGGCCCCGGCCCCGGCCCCGGCCCCGGCCGCCGUGAUUCACUCUCCUCCUCCAGCGGCUCCCUGGCACUCUCCCACAGCUCCCUGGAGCACGGGCCGGAGCACGGAAACAUCUACGACCUCCUGAGUGACCCGGCGCGCACCCACGGGGCAAAGCGGGCGUGGCAGGUGGAGGUGAGCUCCUUGCUGGUGGUGUCGGGCGGCCUCGGUCACCGCAGACUCAACUGGAAGUCCAAACACUCGCGGCAUGACGAGAGCGUCUCCACCAUCAUGGUGUGGCAAAUCCCCGUGCCCAGCUCGUGAACCGGGAGGUGGAGACAGCGAAACCACAGGAAGCUGGCGUGGGGGUGCUCACUGUCCCUUCCUGUGUGUUUGUGACCCAUGCCCCCCUCUGUGCACACGCACGAGGGUGGUGGUAGAAGAGGGGGCAGAGUCAGGGCUGGACACACCUCUCGGACAGAGUGGACCAUCAGCGCUAUAACCAGUUGGCUGAGAAAUUUGCAUCAGUGCAUUCUGGGACCUUCAGGUUACUUGAAGCAUGCGUAUUUGAUGGCAGAUCAAAGUUGAAUUGGUAAAAUAUUGCAGUACCAUUCAACUAACUGUGCUUGUUUUUAAGGUCACACUGCUAAUGCAAAAUAUUUUUAUGCAUAUUUGGCUGCUGCAAAUUUAGAAUUGGUCAAACAUAUUUCCUAAUAUCCUUUCAUUUUUUAAUUUUUGAUUAGUGUAUCCCAGAUUAAUUCCUUAAUGUCUGAGACCUUAAAUCUCUUGGCUUCCUGCUUCUGUAUUUUGCUUGUCUAAAACUUUAGCCACAUAAUCCAGCACAGAGUGUGAGUAAAUGACUCCUCUCGUCGGCAUUCCCUAAUUUGGGAAUAACGUGGUCUCCUGCAGCUCGUCGUGACAUGUAUGUGUGGAGUUUAGUUCAGCACCUGAAUUAACAGGUUAUCAGAAGCCACAACACAACCCGAGGUUUCAGCCCAAGGUGUUGAGCCGAACUGUUGGCUGCUGUCUCGUACGGGCAGGGCUUGUGUUGGACUUCUGACUGGUCAGAAAUCCAGACGUCCUAUUGGUCCAGCAUCAAAGAGGAAGUACAGCAGUUAUGUUGGACACUAGCAGUAUAUGUCAUGUUUCUAGAUUAAUAAAGUCACAUAAGGGUAUUUAAUAUGAUGGUGGGAAAAGCUUUAAAAUAACAUUACUAUGUAUGUCUAUAAUGUCAUUUAACACAUAGUAAUUAAACUUUUUGUCAAACUUUU